GUGUUCUGGAGAGAAGCGGUAAGCUUGGGCAGUUUUCAACUGAGCUCUGGACACAGAAAUUCAGCCAUGAAGGUUACAAGCAUCUUUCUGCUCAGUGCCUUGGCCCUGUUCAUUUUUUCUGGUAAUGCUAGAGCUGAAUUCCAAGGAAGAGAGGCUCAAUGUACUAAAAAAGUUACUGGAUGCCCCAGGAUUUAUAUGCCUGUCUGUGGGACUGAUGGAAAUACUUAUGCCAAUGAAUGCAUUCUAUGUUUGGAAAACGAGAAGCGCCAGAUUCCUGUCCGCGUUCUAAACUCUGGGCCCUGCUGAGAACCAAGAUUCUGAAAUCCCAUAAGGUCACCACAAUGUCUGGAUGGCCUGACUAUUGAAUAAAUGCAUCUGAAUAC